UUAGUCUGUAAUGAUUUUAGUGAGAGUUCAAUGCAUUUUUUGAAUUAAAUGCAAUCCUGUUUUCUUAGUGAGAUUGUUAAUUGAUUUACAUUAUAGGAUAAGAAUAACGCAGUUAUAAAUUUACCCACACUAUUUUACAGCAAAUAAUUGAGUAAAAACAAAUGUUUUUCCUCUAAAAAAAAAAGGGUGAAACCCAUGUUGGACAUAAAGUACACAAAACCUAUAACUAAAUUAGUUAUGGAAUUUACGUUUCGACUUCGUCUCAUCUGAAUCCGACACUAACUUAGAGCCGGACUAAACUAGCGCCGUAUUGAUGUUGUUUCCAAAAACGGAGACAAUUGUAGACGUUCUCUGCGUAAAAAAUGAAGUUCUACCCAAGUUGUUCCUCAAAGAAGUAAAGGAAUAUUGCAUUGCCAAAUCGAUUUUCGGUUACGCUGGUUGUUAUCGGCUUAAUCAGAACUCCGUUUUGUGAGAAAUUAUGCUUGGUUAGGUAUUAGGUGUGCUCAGGACAACAAAUUGUGCCUCCGUUUUGGAAGCUAGCGCCCAUCCAGUGCUAGCUUAGUCCAGUUCUCAGUGUCUCAGUCUGAUUGUGUCAUUGUAUAAACACUUAAAGGUUUUUUAAAGUAUAAUCACAGUUUUUCUGAAAUAACAACUGCUAUGAAUUCAGCUGGAGAAGAUGCUCGCACGAUGGAUGAAUUAGGCGAACAGUAUAUGCCUAUUGUUGGCGAGAUUAAAAUCGAAAAAGCCGGCGAUGUAGUACACUCGUCUCCAGAGCGUCCAGAUACGGACCAUGACGACAAAGGGUAAGACAAAUCGUACUUGAACAAAUAGAGAAUUUUAAUGAGCACGAGGACGAGCCACUGUACACGUGUGAGGAAUGUGGACAGGGAUUUAUUCGUGCAGAACAUCUGACGUCUCACAUGAGAGUUCAUUCCAGUCAGCCUGUGUACAAGUGCGACAUUUGCGGUAAGAUCUGCGAUUCACAGAGCUCCGUCGAACUGCACGGAAAGUCUCACAUCGGUGAAGUUCCUUUCAAAUGUGUUACUUGUGGUAAGAAUUUCCGCAGUGCACACUACCUCAGGGUCCACCAGCGGAUCCACACAGGGAAGGAUCUGUUCAAGUGUGACAUAUGUGACAAAGAAUUCGUUGUAAAGGAACACAUUGAAAAUCAUAUGAUGAAUCAUCAUUUCAAGGAAAAUAAAAAUAAAUGUGAUAUUUGCGGUAAGGAAUACGGGUCAAGUAACAGUCUAUCCGCGCACCGUUCAACGCAUACCAAUAACAGGCUGUACAGAUGUGAAAUAUGUGGAAAAGUGUACACUACGGAAACGAGCUUGAUAAAACACAGCAAAGUGCACGACAACCCAUACAAAUGUGAGGUCUGUGGGACACAGUUCACUGAAUGCUUGGCCAUGAAGAGGCACAGGUUGACUCAUUUCAUUAAAACUGCUGACAAGCGGUCUUCUGCUGUGUCUCGUUACACAUGUAAUGUUUGUAACACCGAGUGUGCCGAUGCUGUUUCUCUUAAAGAACACCGAAAAAUACACCCCUUCGAAAAUCCGUACGAUUGUGAUAUCUGUAACAAUCAUUUCACGACCAGGAUGAGCCUAAAAAAGCACAUGUUUAAAAUGCAUCCGGACUUAUCGGAUCAUAACACCAAGGACCAACUAGUUUUCAACGCAAGAAAACACCCACCGAUCCAAUGUGACGAGUGCGGGAAGAAAUUCCGACAAAUAGCAGACCUUGAGGUGCAUGUACUAGUUCAUUCCGGGCAAAGACCUUACAAGUGCGAAACAUGCAACAAAGCUUUCGCAAGCCGAAUUUGUCUAAAAACUCACGAGCGCAUUCACACCGGCAAGCGGUGCUACUUGUGUGAAAUCUGCGGCUUGUCCUGUGGUUCAAAUAUCGCUCGCGAUAUGCACCGAAAAAGUCACCUCGGGGAAGAACCGUUUAAAUGUGAUACCUGUGGUAAAAGCUACAGCAAUCUCUACCAACUGAAGAGCCACCAGCGGCUUCACACGGGAAAGAACCUGAUCAGUUGUGAGAUAUGUGGAAGGGUAUUUGUUAGGAAAAGUCAGGUGGAACAGCACAUGUUGAAUCACACCAAUGAGCAUAAAUACAAGUGCGACAUUUGCGAUAAGGGAUGCGGUACCAGUCACGCACUGGCCGAGCAUCGUCGAGUUCACACCGGUGAAAAACCACACAAAUGUCAACUGUGUGGUAAAAUGUACCGGAGUAUGACCGGUUUCAGACAUCACAGUAAAAAGCACAAGAAUCCAUUCAAGUGUGAUAUCUGUGGGACAUUGUUCACCGAAAGCCACGCUAUGAAGAGACACCGGAAGACGCAUCCUAAUUGGAAACGGUCUAAGAAAUGUCCAGAACGUUACUACAAAUGCGAUAUUUGUGAGGCCGAAUUUUUCGACGCACGUUCUUUUAAAAAUCACCGAAAAUCUCACCCGAAAGACGAACACAUAUGUGACCUUUGCGGGAAGGAAUUCCCGCUCAACGCCGGCCUUAAGAGACACCUGAAAAGUGUGCACUUCAUUGACCUUCCCUAUAAAUGUAGCGAGUGUGAAAUGGCUUUUGGGCGAAGCAAGGAUUUGCGCAACCAUAUGUUUGAGCACAGCGAUAAAAAUUCGUUUCAAUGUGAGUUUUGUGGUAAUAAGUUUACGAAAGAAAGAGAGCUAAAGCUUCACAGAAUCAGGGCGCAUUCGGAGAAACUUAAGGGUCUACGGUUCAACUGUGACAUUUGUGGGAAGAAGUUUUCCCAGGAGAGAGAUUUGAGGAUACACAAGACUAAGAUGCAUUCAGAAAAAGUUGAGGAAACAAGAGAUGGAAAUGUUGACGAGCUGAUGUAUGAUCAACCGGUUCCAGGUGACUUAAUUACCAAAAACGAACCGUCGCUGCAGAUCGAAGACAAUGGAACAGAACCAGAAGAAGGCUUUCCGCAUUUCGCGCAGAAAGUCAAAGUAUAAUGUGUGAUCAGUAAUAAAAUAUGUCUCUUCAACCCGAGUGUGGCAUAUCGCACGGAAUAUGGGUUAUUGCGUAAUUUAAGAGACUUCAAAUAUAAAAAUUAAAAUAAACUGCCACCAAAUACAAAUAUGUAUUUGCUGCCACCAUGAGUUAUUUAUUUUAGUUAUUUAUAAAAGGACCCAAGGGAUACCAGGGACGUUCUCACUGUAGAGGAUCAGUCGAAUGAGCCAAGCUCCCCCCACAGUUAAUCGCCAAAGAGAUAGAUACAGAAUGGAUAUUCUCCCUGAUGUUGGUCACUGCAGUGUCUAUCUAGGCUAUUCAUGGAGAGUGAGUGGACUAUCAAAUGCCAAGCUUACCUCCCUAGCUAAUGGCAAAGAAUCGUUACCGCAGCAGUCUACUGUAAUGAUCGAGGAAGAACGCAGCCGUUGUCUCUACCUAGGCCGCCCUGUCAUCAAGGGUAUGCCGGGUAAGUUAAAUAGAGCUCAAGUAGUGAUUAUCUACUACUUACGAACGGAAUGAAAACGUUCUUAUGUUUAUUUCUUUCACUUGUAAUAAGUAGGUGCGCCGAAUG